AUGGCCAUUCGGAAACUUUUGAAAACAAUACUACGCAAAGAUGAGUCUAUCAUAUUUGAUAAUGGUCUGUGCGGCAAGGACAAGCUAUACGUCGAAUUCUCUCUCGGUGGUUCUCGUUAUAUUUGGCCCUGGGAUCAGUUCAAGGAGAUGGAGAAGGCGACUUCUGCUGUGGUAAAAUCCAAGUGGAGCUGUGGGGACCUGCAAGAACUUGCCGAGUCUCUACGGGAUGAAAAGAUCGAAAUAUCAAGCGCCGAGGAAUCUUUGAACAUGAUGCGACUGAACGCCAGAACCGCACGAGAUCGAGCAUCCGUGCAGCUGGGGAGAGACCCGCAUGCCUGGUAUUAA